AUGGCUCCAGUACUGAUCGAUACGACUCCCAAAUCUCUCACGGCGAACUCAACAACAGCCUCUCAAGCCCCCGUUGAGUUCGACGCUAACAAACAUCUCGCCUACUCGCCACCAUGUAGCGAUGUCCAGAUGCACGACUUAGGAUACCCACCUACUGAAUUGUCAUCUGUUGCGCAUACUCAACCGUUCCCUCUCCUCUCCGCCGAAGCAAUACUCCAACAUCGUCGAGAGCUCUUCAACAAGGAAACUCUCGACAACUGCAUGCACCAUACCCGACCAGGGUCAAUUCAGAUCCGCGGCGCUGCCCCCCGCUAUGCUCCUUUCAUUCACCAAUUCUGGCAUUCUAAGGAGGUUCUUGAUAUCAUCAGUAAGCACGCUGGUGUCGAUUUGGUCCCUGCUAUGGACUAUGAGAUCUCGCACUGCAAUGCACAGCUUGGUCCUGACGGCCUCGAUGGCGUCCGUGCCACACCCGUUGAGCCUCCUGUUGCGACCGAAGAAACCAUUGCAUCGUUCGACGGAGUCCAAGCUAGAUACGACCGCAACAAGGAGGACGCAAACCCCGUCAUUGAAUGGCACAAAGAUUCGCAUCCGUUUGUCUGCGUCAUCAUGCUCUCUGACGCUCGACACAUGACCGGUGGUGAGACAGAGCUCCAAUGUGCCGACGGACGGACUGUCAAGGUUAAAGCUCCUCAGAUGGGCUACGCAACUAUCCUCCAAGGUCGUUAUAUCACCCACCUCGCUAUUCCAGCCUGCAACAUGCCGGAACGCAUCACCAUCGUCACAUCAUUCCGUCCACGAGAUCCAACACUGCUCGAUGAAACGACCAACAUGAACAUCAGGAAUAAGUCCCAUCUCACAGAACUCUACUACCAGUGGACAACAUAUCGUCUGAGGGUCCUGGAGCAGAGAGUUCAGCUCGCCAGAAAGGCGCUCGAAAGUAGAUAUGCGAAGAACGUCCAGGAAUCGGAUCCAGAGGGUAAGCUGGGAUUGUGCAAGGUGGAGACGGUGGAUAUCGCGGCGUUUGAGCAAUGGGCUCUGGAGCAGAUCAAGUAUCUUGAGCAGACGGGCUACGAGAUGAGACCGCUGGAGAGCAAGAAUGGCCGCGUGUGGUAG